CCCCCUCACACAUCGACUCACUACAGUUCGUGUGAUAUUGAUCCUGGACAGACGCGUAGUUUGCUGCUGCUGAGCUCUGUGUUGAUCUGUUCAUCCCGUGGAGUCAGGAUGGAGUCGCACAGACUCAGUGGCUCUUCAGAUGUCAGGAUACAGAGGAGCUACGUGCAGGAGCAGGACAACUUGUUUGGAGUGAGGGUGCAGGUUCAAGGGAUUAAAGGUCAACCUUACAUCGUGCUGAACAGUUCGGGCCAGGAGAGCCACAGGGACGUCUCUGUCAUAACUCACCAGGCCGGGUACAACCCAGGUAUGGUGAGGAGGUCAGUGGAUGAAAGACGCUCCCCAGCUGAGACACAGAGGGCUGCUUCCUCCUCCGGAUUUCAUUAUCAGCAACAUCCAGAGAUUCUGAGCCCUUAUGACCCUGAAAAUAAUAACCUCACCCGCCUCAUUCCUUCAAAAACGGCCUCGGCUGCCCAACCUGGACUUCCUCCUGAGAAAACCACUAACAUGACCAAACCCAGGAUCCCUCUGCCAGCGGAGGGCCCAGUUGAAGAAGCCCAGAACAAGAUGCCUCCUGCAUGUGGACACAUCCCUACACGAUCCCCGAACUAUGUGGAAGCAGACUCCAUCGUAUCUGUGGGGAAGCUGAUAAGCCAGUUCAACAGCAGCCAGCGGAGGGGAAGGGGCGGCCCGAGGAACAGGCUGGACCCCGAGCAUUGUCGAAGGUCACGCAGCGUGGACAGCAGACAUCCCUCAGACUCCUCCACGUGCUCCUCUUCCUCCAGCCGACCCUCAUCUCUGAAGGGCCUCAGGGGGGAGACCCCAGGUGGGACAUAUCUCUCCGGGUCAGCUGGGGCUCGACACCAUAGUGUAGAUGGCUCUUUGGCGAACCAAAGGGAGGAGAAUAAGCACAGCACACUGCCCAGAGUUCAUAAUGGAAAAAAGGCCAUAUCUCCACAUGCUGCAAAACUGCUUCACAGAACAGAGAAAGCGUCCAACUCCAGGUCGUGUAGUGACCAGACGGAUGAAUCAGACGAACGAGACACUCAGGUCACUCCUGAUCUUCUGAAAGGACAGCAAGAAGUCUCAGUCGACCCAACUGAAGACACCGCGAAACAAGUACUGUUCGCCUACCUCAAGGAUGGGACGACUGACGACGACUCCACCACUGAGAGGAAAGUCAACCUGCUGCUCCAACGGAUCAACAAGCUCAAGUGGAGGACUGCUAAGAAUGUGGAGGAGGAGGAGAAAGAUUACGCUGCCGAGGUGAAGCGGCUGCAGGGGAAACAGACGGUGCUGGAGAGAGAAGUGACUGGGCUGAGGCAAAAACUGGAAACUGAAAUGAAGAAUGAAAAGACCCUGGCCGUGGCCUGCGAGAAGGCCAGGGCAGAGAAGAAGAGGCUUCAGGAAGAGCUGACCAAGAGUCAGACAGAGCUCAACAAAAUGAGGGACAGGCUGGCUGAAAUCCUGGCAGAGCUUCACUCCACCAAACAGGAACUGAAUCAGAUGAAGGCGGAGAGGGAACGUUCUCGUACGGAGAUGAAAGAUCUUCAGCAGCAGCUCUCUGAGAUGCACGAUGAGCUGGACCAAGCCAAGAAGGCCGAGGUGAUAAACACAGAGAAAGAAAUCCUCCAGAAGGAUAUGGCACAGCUGCGUGCCGACUUCCUGGAGACGCUGCAGGUGAAGGAGGAGCAGGAGGAGGUGCUGCACCACCUGGAGAGGGAGCUCAUUGCCCUGAAGGGGGCGCUCAAAGAGGAGGUGGAAUCUCAUGACCAAUACAUGGCCGCUCUGAAGGAGGAAUAUGAGCAGGAGCUGCAGAAGCUGCUCGGAGAUUUAGAGCUGGCCAAAGAGAGCAACGGCGUGCUGUGUCAAGAGAAGGUGGAGGUGGAGGAGGAGAAAGGUGUGGCAAAGGUGCAUCUGAAGGAGCUGAGCCAAGAGCGAGAGCAGCUGAGGGGAAAGGUGCUGGAGCUCAACAAGAGAGUGGAUCAGCUGAGCCAGGGGAUCCAGGAGGCUCGGACCACGGAGAGGCUGCUGGAGCAGAGAGCGAAGCAGCUGGAGAGAGAAAAGCAGCAGGUUGAGGAAAUGUUAAAGGAUGUGAGGAGGAACGAGGAGGACAUGAGUCAGUCAAACCAAUCGCUGGUCAGUCGGCUGGAGGAUGUGCAGAGUAAGUUGACCAAACUCAAUCACGAGCACAGGGACCUGAAGGAGAAGCUGAAGGACGAGAGGAAACAAAUGGAGGAGCUGUGGAAGAUCAAAACUGAACUGGAGGAUGAGAGGAGGAUGCAGGACCGAGCAGUGGAGCAACUGCAGAGGAAGAUGAAUAGCAUCAUGGAGGAGUGCGAGGCGUCCACAGACGUCCUUCAGAACCAGAUCGACGAGGCCAGAGAGAAGAGUCAGAGGGAGUUGGCCGAGCUGCGGAGACAGCUGCAGGAGAAGGGAGCAGAGCUGGAGAAAUCCAGACAGGCGGCCAAAAAACUGCAGGAAGAGCUCCUUCCCCUGGAUGAGGAGCUGCAGCGGUGCCGUGGGGAGCAGCAGGAGGCUCAGCUGCGGGGCCAGGAGCUGGAGCAGAGGCUGGAGGAGUUGGACGAGAGGAGCGCAGCCACCGUGGAGGAGAGAGAGCGGCAGGUCAAACUCAUGGAGGGACGAAUCAGUCACCUAGUAGAAGAUCUCAAUGAUGAGCGCAGCAGUGCCGACCGCCUGAUGGAGCGAUUAGACAAAACCAAAGAUCAGAUGGAUCAGAUGAGGAACGAGCUGAUGCAGGAGCGAGCGGUCAGACAGGACCUGGAGUGUGACAAGAUGAGCCUGGAGAGACAGAAUAAAGACCUGAAGAGCAGAGUGACCCAUCUGGAAGGAUCACAGAGGACCAACCAGGAUUCACUGGUCUCCAAACUCAGCAGUCGCAUCCAGGAGCUGGAGGAGAAGCUGCAGGGAGAAGAACAGGACAACAACAGCCUGCAACAAGCGAACCGCAAGCUGGAGCGCAAAGUGAAGGAGAUGAAGAUGCAGGCGGACGAGGAGCAAGUGAACCUGCAGAGCCAGAGAGACCAGCUGACUCAGAGGCUGAAGACGUCGAAGAGGCAGAUGGACGAGGCGGAGGAGGAGAUCGAGCGUCUGGAGCACAGCAAAAAGAAGCUGCAGCGAGAGCUGGACGAGCAGAUCGAGGCCAACGAGCAGCUUCACGGCCAAGUGACCACGCUGAGGAACGAGAUGAGGCGAAGGAAGAAAUCUCCUCCUCUCAUCAAGGUUGUGGAGGACGACGGGAACGACGUGGACGACUUUGGCUCUGAUUGACUAAGGAAUCUUUAAUUUAUUAAUUCUGCAUAUUAACAACUCAGGUGUGAUUUCAUGGUGUUUCCUGUUGUGUGCAGCAGUGGCCCCUCGCCAAGGCUGCCCUCCUGUGGCGAUGUGCGUAACUACAAUAUCUGAUAAACAUGUUUUUCAACAUGCUACAAACUGACUUAUUUACUCCCAUAGAUUUUUAUUAUUCCAUUGCCGUGUGAGUUAAUAUGGUGCAAACUGCCAAUUUUAAACUGAUGAAUAAAUGUAUUAAAAUGCAUAUGUGUUUAUAAACCUCCAGAAAUUCUUAAAACAGAAAUAAAUCCAGCUGUAUGAUG